UCUCGAAUCCCUAAUUACCGAAAAAAAGAAUAUCGAAUCACUACCCAAGCGCCACCUUCUUCGACGGCUGCAUCAAAAUUGAGCUUGUAGCCAAUAAUGCCCCUUUGGUUGCCUUCGUUACCGGCGGAUGUAUCGGUAUCCUCUAUCCUGUCCAGCGUGGCCGCCGCCACGGUCACUGCCGCAUCCUUCUUCUCAAUCUACAAGACUCACAUCCGCCCGCACAAAGAGAAUCUCAUAACACUCCAUCAAGAGCAACCCAAACGCAAUCCUCGUGGCAAGAUCCUGUUCGUUUCGCAAAUCGGAUAUUCAACUGCAGAAGCCCUAGCGAAGCGCCUCUGCGAUUUGUUACAGUCCAAAGGCCUCGUUUUGGAGGUCGUAGAUGUUCGGACUUACGAUCCCGAAGACCUACCCAAGGAGAACCUCAUCCUCCUCCUUCAUUCAACUUCGUCUUUUUGGAACCUACCUAUCGGACCGUUCUCCGACAAUACCCAAGGAGCAAAGGUCUUCGCCAGUUGGCUCGUGCAUAACGCGGAGAGCUUUGGGAUCGGAGCGGUUGUUGUGAAGGCUUGCAAUUUCACUGCAUUUGUGGUGGGCAAAAGGGAUGGUAAGAAUUUGAUGGCUAAGGCCGCCAAUCAUUUUAGGGAUUUGGAUCACGUUAAAUACGAUUAUCAUUUUGAAGAGUGGUUGGGAAGUGUUGUUGCGACGGUUUCGGGAGAUACAGUUGCUAAUGGCAGGGAAUCUGAACCUGAGGAUGAUGUUGGUUGUUCUGAUCCAAAAAGCAUAUAUAUGUUGGUGGAAAAUGUGGAUGUAGUAGAUAGAAAAAGAACCUUCAGGCGCAGAAUGUUAAUUAUCUCUGAGGCCAAUGGAAGUGUUGAUCUUGAAGAUGGAGGUCCUGUAACUGCCCAAUGGCCUCUUGCAGAUGAUCUAAUAAUCGAUUCCAAAUUACCAAUUCUUCAAGGAUUUUGUUCCCUUGGUGGCAACUUGUUCACUGCUGGUGGUAUCAUGUGUAAUAAUGGACCAAAAUUUGAAUUUGAGCUGGAAUGGCAACAUUUUUUCCCUGCAAAAAUGUGGUGCCUCAAGUACGAAGGUUCUACUUGGAUUUGGAGUUUAUGCGGAAGCAUGUUCUACUACCGGAUGAAUCCCAUAGUGGUCCCAUACCACGGCAAAGUGUGCAUCUUUGGGGGUGACACUGGAGGUGGAUAUUGGGUUGAAAUCUACUAUCCAAAAUUAGAUUUAUGGGAAAAAAGGGAAGUGCCCGAAGAUAUAUACAUGUUCGAGAAUCCUAAAUCUUACUUUUUGUGGGAGGACAGAACGAAGCCUCGUAAGAAGACCCUCAUUGUGUUUUAUUGUUCUGUUGGUAAGGAGCAGUGGCUCGUCUCAUAUGAUUUCGAGGCCAACAUUUGGGAAGACCUUUGGUGGGAGUUACCGCUAAUUAGUGAUGAUUCUUAUCCAAGGAAACUCAUUCGUUUGGCAUGCAGUGAGUAUUUACUCAUUGUUGACUCUGCAGCUAAGUGGUACAUUUAUGACUCUUCUAAGGAGAAACUUGUGGCAGAUGUGCACGUGAAUGGUUUGGAAGAGCUGACUGGACGGGUGUCAUAUGUUUUCUGUUGCUACUACAGCAGCGAGGAAAGUCUGAUUUAUCUCUUCAUGGAACUAGAUGAAAAGGUUGUUGAGGAACGUGGUGGUGAUCUUGACCUUGUUCCUUAUGCUAGAGUCAAGCUCCACCAAAUUGAUGGUAAAUUUUCUGCCAAGGUUGAAUCCAAGGGUAAUCUUAAAGUUGGUUCCUAUAGCAAACUCUAUAUGUUUGCUGUUGGUGACCAAGACACUGAAUUAAAGAGAAGAUUGUAGCUUAGCUUAGUUUUGUGCAUCAUACUGGUGUGGUGGCCAUUAUAUUAAUAGGAAUAUGUUUUGUUGAACAGAGAUAUACCCCUUUAUUGUAGCUUAGGUUUGUGUAGGGAUCUUCAUUCUGGACUUGUGAGUUUGUUGCAUUGGAAUGGAAGAGGGAAGAUAUAGGUGGGGUUGGAUCUUAUUAAGCCUUGUCCUUUUGAUGCUCUUUGGGCACCCUAUGAUGAACACUCCUUUUUUCUCUUUGGAUUAUUGACUAUGAACAAAUUUCUCUUUAUUUGAUUGAUCCACACUUGUUGUUUCAUAAAUCAAUAUUAUUUUGAAUUGCGCAGUCUAAAUGUUUAAAGUAUACAAUACGUGUUAGCUAAAGUUGAAAAGCUUAAUACUUUUCCCAAUAAAAAAAUGGAAGGUAGUAGGUGGUUUAGAAAUUAAAGAUGACUAGCAAUGCUAAGAGUAAUUAGAGAUUUCUUGCUUUUAAGAUCAUAUAGGAAUUUUUUUCAUUGUUAAAUUAGAUAUGUUCAAAUUACAAAAGUUGGCUCUGCUAAGAUUUUAGUG